AUGACGCCCUUCCCAAUCCCGCUCACAACCCCUCCAGAAACAAGAAUAUACUUGGUCAUUGCGGUAGAAGAUAAGCAAGCACUUGAAUACGCGUUUACUGACACCGACAAAAUACUCGAGUUGCUCCUUUCAUACUUACCUACAUGGCCAACGCGCUUGCAAGCUGGCCUCGAUAGCUUUACUUAUAUGGAUGAACCAGUUAAUAACUAUACGCCAUUACUAGUGACUUCUGUGUAUCGUGAUGUCUGGGAGGAAUUCUGCGCCUGGAACCGUAAAUAUUCAACGGCUGCGAUUCAAUCCCUUAGGCGCAAUGUAGAUACAGAAGGAGACGACGACGAUGAUGAAUCUGAACCCGCUCACUUGUGCUCCCCUCAGGAUUACACAUCUGACUGGCUAAUAAGCCCGGAUUCACUCGAGUGGGAAUGGCCAGAGGAGAACGUUAUCCGUCGAAGCGAUUCAACAGAAGAUAUGAUGAACUGGCAAGUGGCUGUUAUGAAAGCUCCGAAAAUGGAACCAUUCCCACCAUAUGAGUCCUGUGCUCCCAUAAAUACGUGCACCUUUGUCGGUGACGACCCGAUCGCCAUGCCGUUCGUUCCAUUUCCCGACGACGAUUUCGAUUUUGACGAAUACUACCACUAUUACGAUGAGUUUGCCUGGGAAGAAGAAAAUCGCAACUUAGAUCCUGACACGGAGAUGAUUGUCCUGGAGGCAAUAAGGCGGUUGGACAAUUACCACGAUGUACCUCUUGAAGAAAUCAAACGCAUACUGAUACCGAAUUUUUCGAUAAGUUCGCUGGGGCAAAGAGUCCUCCUUCAAUGGCUUCCUUUCCCGAUACAGCACAGUGAUAUUCCAAGGUCAUUGUCACUUCCAGCACUCUCAGGCAUACGGAGCCGCUUUGACGGCAUAGCCAAGUGCUUUUGCCCAAAUCUGAACUGUAUCGGGACUUUUUGUGCUUUGCAUGAAAAAUAUCCACUCAUAGGUCCACAGGAAGGUACACCCCUAGGUGAUAAAUCAAACCGUAUAGUGAAACCGUGUGGAUCAGCCUGUUUUCUUUUAUCAGAAGGAUCUUCGUUGGGGAAUAAUAGAGACAAUGAGACUGCUCGAAAUAUGAUAAUCGCAACUCUAGCAGUGUUUCCUGGCAUGUCCACUUGCCAAUUGGCUGUGUCCUGUGGCUUGACGUGUUGUGAGGCCCACAAAAUUCGACGAAGCCUGGCUUCACCAUCUGACAAUGAUCCUCAUAAUUCUAGUCCAAAGUCAGCAUCCACCGAUUCUAUCGUCGAACAACGUAAGCUUUUGACCAAGUUGCCUUGGGCGAUGAACCGUAAGUCCCGGCUUUUCUCAGAUAACGAAUCGAAUCGAAAGAUUAAUCUUUUCCAAGUCACGGACCAUGUUAUCAUGAGGGUCCUUGCGACGGCUCGGUUAAUUGUCCUUGCUAUAUCAACGGAGCUUACUGCGAAAAGAGUUGCCGCUGCUCUCCGAAAUGUAGAAAGAGAUUCCGCGGUUGUAAAUGCCGUGUACGAAGGAAUGAUAAACACACCUGUUGGAGCAAUAAUUGUCUUUGCUUUCGCUCUGGUCGAGAAUGCGAUCCUGAGGUCUGUAUUUCAUGCAAAGAAGGAGGUGAGCCGGAGGCAAUUGUGCUCUCAUCUACGAACUAAUAGCCAAAUUUCGUUGACAACCCAGCAGAAGACGAUAGUCAAGCGGUCAAAAUAUGGGAUGGGGCUUUUCGUAGACGAGCCAGUUCGGAAACAUGAACUCAUCCUUGAAUAUACUGGAGAAUACAUCUUUGAAAGUACUGCAAACAGCCGCGGUUGCUUAGCCACUUUUCGUGGCCGGAGUUAUCUCUACAAUCUCGUCGGCCCAUUUUCUAUUGACGCUUCGAGGGCCGGUAAUGAGUCGAGAUUCAUCAAUCAUGAUGAUGAAAGAGGGGUGAAUUGCGAAGCCAAGUAUCAAAAUGUAAAUGGUGUAAUUCGUAUAGGAAUUUAUGCAACGAAACGUAUAAAACGAGGAACUGAACUUCGCAUGGAUUAUGGUGAUGAUUUCUUUAAAGAUAAUUAA